AUCUCUCUCCUUUUAUUUUAGGGCGGAUGCGUAGUGUUGCUUGCUGCUUUGCCGCUUGCAAGCCAAACAUGCCUCGCAAGUUUUGUGUCGGUGGCAACUGGAAAUGCAACGGAACUGUGGAGGAGAUCAAGAAGAUUGUUAAUACUUUGAAUGCAGCUGCCGAUGUUCCUGGAGAGGACGUUGUUGAGGUGGUCAUCGGCCCGCCAUUUGUAUAUAUUCCCCUCGUCAAGAGCAUUCUCCGCCCGGACUUCGCCAUCGCCGGACAAAACUGCUGGGUGAAGAAAGGUGGAGCUUUCACUGGCGAGAUCAGCGCCGAGAUGUUUAAGGACUUGGCGAUCCCGUGGGUUAUCCUGGGACACUCCGAAAGAAGAGCUUUGUGUGGAGAGAGCAACGAGUUUGUUGCAGACAAGGUUGUUUACGCAUUGAGUCAAGGGCUCAAAGUCAUGGCCUGCGUUGGUGAAACGCUCCAGCAAAGAGAAUCCGGCCAAACAAACGACGUUGUUGCUGCUCAAACCAAGGCGAUCGCAGACAAGGUCAAGGACUGGAAGAAUGUGGUGAUAGCAUACGAGCCAGUGUGGGCGAUUGGAACAGGAAAAGUUGCCACCCCUGCGCAGGCCCAGGAGGUCCAUGCCGCACUUCGCUCCUGGCUGGAGAAGAAUGUCAGCUCUGAUGUAGCAAGCAAGACGAGGAUACUCUACGGAGGUUCUGUGACAGCAGCCAACUGCGUGGAAAUCGGCUCGCAGCCGGAUGUGGAUGGAUUCCUCGUUGGUGGCGCUGCUCUCAAGCCCGAGUUCGUGGACAUCAUCAAGGCAGCUAACGUGAAGAAGAAGUAGGCGCUGAAAACAGCAACUUCCAUCGUUUCCCAUCUCCAUCCGGCGAGUUUCAUUCGUUUAGCUAUUUAUUUUCCUUGGAACUGUGAGGAAUUAGAGUUUGUUUACCAUCAAAGAACAUUCAAACUCAACUAGCAAUAAAACAGCUUUUCUCUGA